AUGACCGCUAUCCAAGCCGUCUACGUACGCGGGCACGAAGAACGCCCCGAUCCUAAGCCUCACAUUGUCUACCGCAUCGAAAUUCAAGCCCAUGUCCGCUCAUGGCAAAUGUGGAGACGCUAUUCCGAGUUCGUGGAAUUACACACAGAACUCACAAAGUCUACAGGCUCUUCAUCCCCAGCACCUCUACCACCCAAAAACUCCCUCGCCAUCCUCCGCGGACCUUUUAGAGAUAGUAGUAGCAUGACCGAGGAGCGCAGGGCUGGUCUCGAGACAUACUUGCGCGCCAUAAUCAGCGCAAAGGAUGAUAAAUGGCGAGAAUGCUAUGCCUUCCGCGACUUCCUUGGUGUGCCAGUCGGCCGCUUGGGCACCAUGGCUGAAGGCAGCACAUCCUCUAAACAGUUCUCUUCUUCCUCCUGGCUCGACGAGCACCUCGAGCUGCAGGCCAAGAUUCGUGACAUCCGCGCAGAUAUAAACAAGCGGGAUGCGCUCUCUGACCGGGGAGACGUCAGUGCAUCGCAUACUGCGAAUGUUCAAGCGAAGAAGAAGCUCGCGGAAACCCUUUCUCGAGUGCGUACGCUCAAGCAGGGUCUCCAGGAACUCGGCAUGGCAGCUAUGGCGCAGGGAGAGCUGCAACGCCGUACAGACAUGGUCGCACGCUUGCAGGACGACUGCGAGAAGCUGGGAAAGAUGGUCACCGUCACUCGACAGGCUUCUCGUCCUACGGCAGCCCCUUCCUCACAGGGCUUCACAAAUGUUGCUAUCGCUCCCGAGUCGGAUCGGGCUGCACUGCUGAGCCUCAGCAAACCAGUCACGCGAGUGUUUGGGGCUAAGAAACCUCAAGAGACGGAGGUGACGAGACCGCUUGACGAUCAGGGUCUUGUGCAGUUGCAGAACACUCAGAUGGAGCAGCAGGAUGGUCAACUUGCUACACUCACGCAUAUACUACAACGCCAAAGGCACCUUGGGGAAGCAAUCGGUGCUGAGCUUGCGGUGCACAACGAGUUGUUGGAUGAACUUAAUAACGAUGUUGAACUUGUUGGGGGUAAACUCAGUAGCGCAAAGAAGCAGCUCAACCGCCUGGGAUGA